CACUGAGAUGCCAUUAUUUUCGCGCACUGGAGGCUAGAGAGCCUCCAAAUCUCGUCUCCUUUCCGGGUGGUCUGAGUGUGGAGUGUAUGUGUUGUGUGCGUCCGGUUCGAUAAAAAAAUCAAUACGGUUGAACAUGUUAUGAGUAUCUUAUACGUUUAUCCACUCCAAACCAACCAUUUCCUUGGUUCUAUAAUACCACCAAGUCUGUUGCAAACUUGCAAUUGGGCCAAACUAACGGUGCCUGGCUGUGUAAUCUGUGUUGAUCCAAAAACAAACUUAUCUUGUUUUAGAGCACCCGCCGGGUGUUCGACUCUCUCUCUCUCGUCUUACCUAACUCGGGGUUUAGAGGAAAAGCAGCUGCGAUGUUGUCAUCGCCCAUUGUUUCCUCUUUUCAUCGCCCAUCAGUUCGUGUUUUUGGAUAUAUUUUAAACAUUUGCCAGUACUCUUUUCUUCUUUUAAAAUAAAAAGGCUGUGUUCGUCAUAUCAUGAAGCAAUUUGUCAUGUUAUUCUUUCUGAUAAUUAUGGUUGGUGGUCGACCAAAGGAUCAAUAAGGAAUAAAGAAUCCUACUCGUUAUAUGCUAGCCAUGGGGGUGGGUUCUGUACUUCCUGUGCAGGUGUACCUGGGGUUCGCAGUUGGUUGUCUUUUAUGGUCGCUUCGCUUCAGUGUCUUCACGGGCCGCCGGCGGAGAUGCAGUUCACAGCGUCUCCGGUGGUGGAGCUUCCGGUCGGCGGCGCGGUGCUGAUGUUCGAGCAGGACAACGACUCCUUCGAGGUGGGCAUCUCUGUGUGGCCCUCGUCCCUGGUCCUCGUCAAGUUCGUCGAGCGCUGCAUCCGCGACCCGGCCCUCCCCUUUGCCGACGUGCUCCGCUUCCCGGGAACUCGGGCCGUGGAGCUCGGGUCCGGGUGCGGCCCGGCAGGACUUGGCCUCUCCCGCCUCGGCCUCACCGACAUCGCCGCCGUGCUCCCGGCGCUCCGUCGCAACCUGCGGCGCAACCGAGUCCACCUCUCCCGCACGCCUCGCCUCGCCCAGCUCCACUGGAACUGCCCCGCGCAUCUCGCCACGCUAGCCACCCCGCGCCGCUUCGAUCUCGUCGUCGCCGCAGACGUGGUCUACGUGCAGGAGUCUGUGCCGCACCUCAUCGCGGCCAUGGAUGCGCUCGCCGACGCCGAGCGCGGCGUGGUGCUGCUCGGCUACCAGAUCCGGUCGCCCGAGGCGCACCAGGUGUUCUGGGAGACCGUUCCGGCUGUCUUCCCUUAGCUCUGCUGCCAUCUCCUCCUGCUGCCUACGCUUCCGCUCCGACACCUCCCGGGGCUUCUCCACCGGCGCCAACGCCGACGUCAGAGCCAACACAGGCUCCUCCGCCCCGAGCCCCGCCCGCGAGCGACGGAUCUCGAUGCUGACCGGUUCGGCGCCGGCGCGGGAGUCGGGAUCGUACCCCAUCUGCUUCAACAUCCUGAACCCUACGUUGCUCUCAGGGAUAGCUUCCGCGAGCCCGAC